AUUACAUUUAUCCGCCAUUGUCGACCUCCAGUCCUCCCAAGCUCCCGAUACUUGGCCUGUUGGCCACUUUCUCCAGUGACGAAAGAUCGGCGUUCAUUGAAUAUUUCGGUGUUUUCAGCCCGGAAACAUUUAGGGGAUGGCAGCGAUUUACAGUCUCUACAUCAUCAACAAAUCUGGUGGCUUGAUCUUCUACAAGGAUUAUGGGUCUGCUGGACGAAUGGACACGAAUGAUAGCUUGAGAGUGGCGAGUUUAUGGCACUCGAUGCAUGCCAUUUCCCAGCAGCUUUCGCCUAUCUCUGGUUGUUCGGGCAUCGAACUCCUUGAAGCUGACACAUUCGACCUCCAUUGCUUCCAGUCUCUUACUGGGACGAAGUUUUUUGUCGUGUGUGAGCCCGGUACACAGCACAUGGAGGGUCUUCUGAAAUACAUUUAUGAGUUAUACACAGACUUUGUGUUGAAGAAUCCAUUCUAUGAGAUGGAGAUGCCUAUACGGUGUGAGCUCUUUGACAUCAACCUAUCGCAGGCAGUGCAGAAGGAUCGUGUUGCUUUGUUUGGGCGAUGAGCUUCAGAAAUCCUUCCUUUUUUUUCAGAAUUGCACAUGGAAUUCAAGAUAGAAAAAUCUCGUGAAUUUAUUUUGUCAAAUACUCGAUAAUUUACCAUAUCUUAAUUCUUAGUGUACGCCACGAAUGGUUAAUCGGAUGAGAUUCGAAGGAAAUAGAACGUUCCUUUUCCAGUGUUGCUCAAAA